CAGUCCGGUUGCUGUUGCUGCUGCCUUCCCUGCUGGAGAAGGAGGAAGAGGAGGAUGUGCAGAGGCUGAAGAGGCUGGAGGAGCAACAAAAAACUAAAAAAAAUCGCCCCGCAAAGAUCCAGAGAUCCAGGCAGAGCAGCAGAGACCAGAGAGACUCCAGGGUUGCAGAUGUGGAUGGAGCGGUGUGCACGGUCUAGUCCUGGGUGUCUGGCCCAGUGAUUCAACCCCAGACAGGAGCAGGAGGAAGCAGUGGAGAAGAGGGACAUGGGGCUGAGCCUGAACCAGGACUGGCUCCUGCCGCUCCUAUUCUUGCUGCUGAUGAUCACUGUGUCACUGACUCACAGCCAGGGAUGUCCUCAGCGUUGCGAGUGCAUGGCAAAGCUCAAGACCGUAUCCUGUUUCGGCAAACGCCUGUCCGCACUGCCAGAAGGCAUCCCACAGGACUCUAAGAUCCUGGAUCUAAGUGGAAACAAACUCCGCUGGGUAGAGCACGGAGACCUGCUUUCGUAUCCCCGCCUUGAAAAGCUGGACUUGAGUGACAACAUUAUUAGUGUCCUAGAGCCGAAUGCUUUUUCUAGUCUCCAGAACCUGCAGUCGCUGUCGCUGAGGGGCAACCAGCUGAAACUGGUCCCGAUGGGGGCUUUCUCACGUCUCUCCAACCUGACGUCACUGGACCUCAGUGGGAAUAAGAUCGUGAUUCUUUUGGACUUUACUUUCCAGGACCUGAAAAGCCUAAAAAACUUAGAAGUUGGAGACAAUGAUCUGGUUUAUAUCUCCAACAAGGCCUUCCUGGGUCUCGUGGGACUGAGGGAGCUGACCAUCGAGAGGUGCAACCUGACGUCCGUGUCAAGCCAGUCUCUCUCUUAUCUGCAUAACCUGGUGACUCUGCGGCUCCGCUACCUCAGCAUCUCUGCCUUAGAAGACCAGAACUUCCGCAAGCUGGGAAACCUGAGGGGGCUCGAGAUCAACCACUGGCCCUUUCUGGAGCACAUUUCCCCUCACAGCCUGCAGGGGCUUAACUUGUCCUGGUUGUCUAUCACACACACUAACAUCACGUCUGUGCCGACCUCCGCCCUGCGCAGUCUGGCUCACCUCACCAGCCUCAACCUUUCCUACAACCCCAUCUCUGUGUUGGAGUCAUGGGCGCUGCGCGACCUUGUCAGGCUGAAAGAGCUGCAUAUGGUCAACACGAACCUGGUAGUAGUGCAGCCAUACGCACUGGGCGGUCUGAGGCAGAUCCGCCUUCUUAACCUCUCCACUAACAGCCUGGUGACCCUGGAGGAGGGAGCGUUUCAAUCUGUCAACACUCUGGAGACACUGCGUUUGGAUGGAAACCCUCUCGCCUGUGACUGCCGCCUGCUCUGGAUCCUCCAGCGCAGGAAGACCCUUAAUUUUGACAGCGCCUCCCCGGUGUGUAUGAUGCCUGUCGAGGUGCAAGGGCGGGCACUCAACGCCUUCUCCGACUCGGCCCUCUUUGACCACUUCACUUGCCAGAAGCCCAAAAUCCGCAACAGGAAGCUGCAGCAGAUAACCGCCCGCGAGGGACAGGUGGUGUCGUUCAUAUGCAGAGCUGAAGGCGAGCCUAUACCGGUGGUAUUCUGGAUCUCCCCUCAGCGCCGUCGCAUCACCACAAAGAGCAGUGGGCGCUUAACUGUGUUACCAGAAGGCACGCUGGAAAUACGGUAUGCCCAGGUGACAGACAGUGGAACCUACAUAUGCAUAGCCAGUAACGCUGGUGGAAAUGACACCUAUUUUGCCACUCUUACAGUGAGCGGGCUGCCGCUAGACGCAGCCCUCAUGGCCAACCGCACUUACUAUGCCGGGGAUCUUAAUGACACUAAUCUAAAUGACACCAGAGUCUUCUUGAAGUUUACUCUGGACCUCAAGACCAUCCUCAUAUCCACAGCUAUGGGCUGCAUCAUGUUCCUGGGUGUGGUCCUGUUCUGCUUCAUCCUGCUGUUUGUGUGGAGUCGAGGGAAGGGGCAGCACAAGAACAAUUUCUCGGUGGAGUACUCCUUCAGGAAAGUGGAAGGACCUGCCGCGAGCGGAGGACAGGGCGGGGCGCGCAAGUUCAACAUGAAGAUGAUUUGAUCAUGUGGGACGAAUUUUUCUUUUUAGUAUUCUGUCCCUGAUGCUGUUUACAAGCAGAAGCAAGCUGGGACAUAAAAACACCGGCGUGGGCGCCUGCUUGCAAAACAUUAGAAUUAUUUAUAGGAUGUUUUAUCAACAAGGUUUUUUUUUUGAAAAAUGACGUAUAGGGAAAAAAGGCAAUCGGUAUGGAUUUGAGAUAAUGUAUUUCUACUGCUCUUUAUUGCGUGUCCUUAUUAUUGUGCAGAGGAAAUCUGGAUCAUAUUUAAAGAUGUCUUCAAUAGACUGUUAAAAAAGACUAAGCAACAAUAGCACUCAGUGUUCCAGCAGUCUUUAACCUCCGCAGAGCUCUUUGCCAACUCCAUCUCUCUUCUCCACCAGGAUCCCUGUCUCUCUUCAUCUGUAAAGGACAUCACCUCUCUGCUCCGUCUGUGGCGACUCAAGCUCUCUGUCUCUGAACUCAUGAAUACAUAACAGCUGGGUGGUGCUCAAAGAUUGCCAUGGACUUGCCAACAUGUAUUUGACUAAUUUGAGCCAUAAUACUGCAUAUUUACACUACAAUCGAAACUUUAGAGCAUUGACAUUUAGAGGCUCUGCUUUCUGAGCUGCUGAUGGGUUCGUACAGAAAAUAUGAAUUACACAAAACGACUACUACUCUGCAACACUGCCAAUUUGAUCACAAAGCACCAUCUAAUAUCACCGUCAGUGCAAAGAUGGGGGAGAGAGACGUUUCCAUUGGAUGUAAGUUGGUCGAGGGUGAUUUGAAACAAAAGUGGGACUCAAACAGGUGACGUGCACUUGUAAAUCAAUACAUGCACAAUUUUGUUUGUCCACUGUCACACUUUACAAGACUCUUGCCCUGUUAAUCUGAAACUCCUGUGUAAAGAUGAACGUUGGCUUCUUUCUUUGAAUAAUGUGAAUUAUUUGUAAAUUGAACAUUUGCGAGGGACGCGUUUAUCCCAAUGUUGAAUAGAAGAUACUGUAUGAGAUUGUAUUAUAUAUUUUGUAAUCACUGACAUCCCUGUCGUUGUUUAUAGUAAUGUUGACUGAUCAGAUUUUACCGUCCUACUGUAAUUGUAUUGUUAACGUCUCUUUUUCAAAAUCAUUGAUAUCUAGUCCGGUCAUAAACAGAAAUUGUACUCUCUCUUUGUAUCACAUCAUCAGAUCUGCUCGCUCCUUGAGCUCACAACACAAAUCAGAAGUAUCGGGUUUUCGUUCGUCGGCCUAUUCCUGACCGCGUCAGUGUGAUACGAGAGGCGUUUGGCUGACCACCAGGGGAAGGAGUUAAGUGGACUCUCAUCGGGAACUCGAUCUGUUUUUAGACGCCUAGAGAAAAAUGCUAAUGCAAUAUAGACCUUGCAAACUGGAACAGAGGUCAUAAUGAAACAGAGCCAGUGAGGAGGGGGAGUUUGGGUAUUUUAGGAAGACAGACACUAACAACAAAGGGCUGGGUGCUGGGGUCACAACAACAGGCCACAAAAGGGAGAUGUGCAACGUUUUUGUAUGAGUUUGAAUAGAUUCGGUUCUUAAGGUGAAAUUCAAUAAGAUGUCAUUAUUAACUGCUAGUUUCCCUCACAUAUAAAUCACAGGUAAUAUUUAUACACGAGGAAUACGGUUUGUAUUUGAAAAUAUGAAACAUUGUUGUUUCACAUGAAUUUGCAGUCAUGUCCAUCGACAAUGAAAAUGUGUAGUACUUUCUACAGCACACUUCAGUAUAUGUAGAAACCCAGAAACUGGAGUCAUUAAAUCCACUUUUCCUCAUCACCUCAGACAUUAUUUUGAGAGCGUGAAAACACAGAUUAGCUGCAUAUAUAAUUCAAAAAUGCUUUUGAUCUUUUGUCCUAUGAACCAAACGCACCAGUCGUGAGAUCAGCUGCUUAGGUUCUGCCUUUCCACUUUUAAAACUGUUACUCUGCUGCCCUCUGUUGGCAAAAAAUGGCAAUAAUAAUACACUUUAUUUACUAAUUCGAUUUUUCAAACUUUACUUUACAAAAUGCUUACAAUCUCAUCAAAUCAAACAUACUAGUCAUACAAUCAUCAGCAAAAGACUGAAUAAUGACUUUCUCAACCUGUGCAUUUGUUUAUUUCAUUUCCCAUAAAGCAAUUAUGACCGUGUUGGACGGCUGACCAGCUUCCAGCAGUAUUGAAAGAGAAAAUUAAUUUUGUAGAAUAACCUACGUAACAUUCCUCACGCAGCAAACAAAGCGUAGAAACUAGAAACAGAGUGGUGGAGCGUGAUUCCAUGUUUCGCUCACAUAUACUGCACAAGAAGUUAUUAUUAACCAACUGUGAAUAUGUUCCUGGACUGAUCUGACAUCAGUUAAGCUUCCUCUCUGUGAUUAACAACUCUGAUGUAUUUUUAAUUGUUCUAAUGAUGAACUCCUUCUAUAAAUAUGGAAGCCAUUGUGUCUGGAAGUGCUAGACUGUUUUGUAUUGUACUGUUUUAUAAAAAGGAAGCACACUGUUUAUAAAGCAUGCUAUAUUAUAUGCUAUGAUGAUGUCCUGUCCCAUUUCUUUUACAGCUGCUGUCUGAUCUCUCCACCCUCAUGGUAAACCUCUCACUGUGAGAUUAUGUGUUGCAGAUUAUUAUGGUAUGUUUUUCCCCAGGUUUGUCAUAUUUAAAACAUUUAAAAAAACAAACAGUUGAUUCAGAUGAAUGAAGGAUGUGUUAUCUACACCACACAUAAAUAUGAAGUUCCUGCCCUGAUACACAACAAUG